GAAGUUGAUCCUGCCGAGUUGAAGCGGAUGAAGUGUAUAGGAAGAGGAAUCUGUGGUGCUGUGUGGGAAGGAAAAUGGCAACAUGCCCGUGUAGCUAUCAAGGAUUUGGACAUAACAGGCUCAGAGGAUUUUCAGAACGAAUAUAUGCGAGAGAUGCUGCAAGCGUUUAGAUGCGAGGUUUCGAGACUUUGUCGGUUGAGGCAUCCCAAUAUCUUGGCGUUCUAUGGUGCAGUGACAAAAGCUCCAAAACUGUGCAUAAUUACUGAGGUGAGUCAUCGUAGUAUAUUUGUUUGUCUUUACCUAGGUGGCAAAGAUGCCAACCUGAUCAAACGACUUGAUAUAGCUCUCGGAGCCAUGAAUGGCCUUCUGUACUUACAUUCCCAGAACCCUCCAGUAGUACACAGAGAUGUCAAACCAGAAAAUCUUCUGUUGUGUCAGGACGAUGAGAUCGUCAAGGUUUGCGACUUUGGUUUGGCAAGGGACAAGCAAGGAGCGUAUCUUCAGACAAUUCACCAAGGGGGGACCUUGAAUUACAUCGCUCCCGAGGUCCAUAGAGGAGCGGAUGUAGACGAGAGUUGUGAUGUGUACUCCUUCGCCAUCGUGCUUUGGGAGCUCCUCUCCCUCUCGGAGCCAUACAAGGACAAACCAGCUCAGUCGAUCCCUGGGAUCGUCGGCUGGGGCGGCGAGAGGCCGUCUGUCGGCUGCCUGUCUGAGCGACUCUCACAAGAGGUGAGUGAGAGCAUGCGAGGCUGCCGCGUUGACUCUCCGGCAGACCGUCCGGGAUUCGAUCAGAUC